AUCAUAUUAAAUGGAACCUUAAUUAUGAUAUAUCGAGUGAUGUACCUUGAUUAAUGCUAACAUUCAUUAUGCACUGCAUAUCAGUGCAUCAAGGGACCAACACUUAUACAUAUACAUCAAUGGAGAUUAACAAUAAAUUGAUAUAUCAACACGUAACAUGAACAUGGUGUGCCAACACGUGUAACGUGCUAACAUGUGUUAAACUAACACGUAACACAUCAACACGUGAAACAUUAAGGUCAGCUGCUGUACAAGAUGUGACCAUCCUGCCACAAGAACAAAGUUAUGCACAAGCAUUAGACGUGACAAAUCAGACUGGCAUCUUCAAAAUGGAUUCUGAGUCAUCCGUGUCAACAUUCUGGUCCAACUUCUACACAGUACGGAAGAAGAGUGCUAAAAAGGAAUUAUUAUGGAACAGAUUUCGCUCUCCUUACGAUACUUCCCUCUGUGCUGAGAGUCCUACAACCCCUUCUUCUUCUUCUGGACCAUCCUGCCACCGAAAAGCAACAAACACUGUGCCCCCCGAGGUGCCCUGUCAUAGAAAAUCUGGGGGAGAUUCUCGUAGCUCUCUUUCCCUUUCGUUGACUAAAAGAUUAUUUUCGGGCUUCAGUACACUUCAGUACCAGCGAAAAUCAGGAUCCACCACACCCAAACAAUCGUAUAUUAGGGCCUCUAAUGAUUCACUGGUUGAAAACACGAAGUGGCCAACAGAGGGAAAGCUACGGGCAUCGAAGUCAGCUGACUCUCUCGCAGAUCGCUUCAUCUGGGAGAAAAGUGGCUGGUGGCGCUCUGGGAAUAGAGUUUCGGAUACCAGUAAAUCUACAGAUGAAUUAAUAAAAGUUAGAAACAAAUGGCUGGAGAAGCUGGAUCAGUGUAAAGUUUAUUCUGGCUCAUCGAAGUCGGAUGAGACUUUGAAUGUCGACUAUGGGUUACUCACUGAUCCGCAUGGCGCUCUACUUAGUAAAAUUUCGCCGAGGGCAUCCUCAAGUCUUCGCCAGAUACAGAAGUGUGUCUGUCAGAGCCCGUCGCUUAACCUCAAACCAUGGAACGUCCAUACAGGUAGAGAGAGAGCACCGAAAGAAGACCUAAAGAGUGAUCAGAAAUUCGAGGAUGCCAACUCGCUAUUAGACACAGAAAAGCUUGCAGAGCGCCAGUAUAGACGGAAUCCUAGAGAGGAUAUCGGGAAACGUGACAUGAUUCUUACAAUGAGUGACACACACAACCAUCCGCCACUUACUGUUUGUCCUGGACAUCGCCUUGCCAGAUCUCGCAGCUGCACAAGAUCCAGUUAUCCCGUGGUGUCGUCUUACACUGGAGCGGCUUUUCAUUCUCUGAGCCCCAACAACAGAGCCUCAAGUUGCGUACGAGAAAUGUCAGAAGUGACGCAUGCAGACAGAGAUAGAGGUCUCAGAAUACGCCGAUCGAGAUCUUGCCAAAGAUCAAAAGUUAGAGAGGAGUUCAUUAGAGAGAAAGAAGCAUCGUCCUCCCCCACACUCCAUACAUUCCAGAGCUAAGAAUUAAUAAAUACAACUUGAAGACCCGUUUUCCGAGGGUCGAUCAACGGAGGGCGCUGUCUACGUGCAACCAGCUGCCUAUGAGAGACCCUGAACAGGUUGUUCCAAACUUGUUCACCGGUGAAGGAACGAUGAGUGGAAAUAGUAUACUAACCCUCUCAACACGUGAAGACCCAUUUGAGCACUUGAACAAGAGCAAGACUUGGAGUCUUAGGCGAAGUGUGCUAAGGACUCCCGUAAAUCGCCGCAAUAGGAUUCAGGACA